AUGCGAGGCGCCACCAUCCUCAAGGCCUCUGACGACAAGACCCGGGUGCUCAACACACAUACCCUGAUGGCAUUCUCGGGUGAAGCAGGAGAUACUGUCCAGUUUGCUGAAUACAUUCAGGCAAACGUUCAGCUGUACUCGAUGCGCAACGAUAUGGAGCUUUCACCUGCCGCUACCGCCAACUUCGUCCGAGGCGAGCUAGCGAGAGCGCUACGUUCAAGAAAGCCAUACACUGUGAACCUACUCCUUGGAGGCUACGACACGAUCAAGGACAAGCCUACCCUAUACUGGAUUGAUUACUUGGCGAGUCAGGCUGCGCUCCCAUAUGCGGCACAUGGAUAUGCACAGUACUACUGCCUCUCACUGCUUGAUAAGCACCACCACCCAGAUAUCGACUAUGAGCAGGGUAUCAAGAUCCUACGGAUGUGUACAGAGGAGCUGAAGCGACGUCUGCCCAUCGACUUCAAGGGCGUCUUCGUUAAGGUCAUAACCAAGAAUGGAAUCAAGGACGUGGACUAUGAGGACGAUGUCAAGGUUGCGAUACCUUGA